UCUUUGUGGGACAGUCCUGGGGUAAUUUUAGGUCAAAGAGCACAUACAUGAGUCGGGCUCUUUCAUGAAAGACUGCUCCCAGCCGUGAAAGACUGAACAAAAGACUCGACUGGACUUUGCAAGCGUCGACCGCCCGCGUUUUGUACUUGGGAAUUACUCAGACGGACUGAGUCGAUCAAUACGCACGAUACCUUCAACAUCCGUCAGGAACCGAUCCUGACUGUCACUUUGAGGAUCGAUUGAUCCUAGCCACUCUUUUGAUAAAGACGCUCACCCUAUACACUCGUUCAAAUUGAGAGCAUCUGAAGUAGCAACUGUCGCUUCAUUCGUCAAGUACAACAUGAAGAUCUCGUUUAUUACCCUCCUCUCUGCGGUGGUGGCCGUCUCCUUCGCCGAGGCUGUUCCUGCAUUAGAUCCACGACGAGCGGACCUGAAACCCAGGUACUACUUUCCCAAGGUUGUGAAAAGACAAGUCACAAACGGGACGACAACGGACACUAGCAGCGACAUCAGCAGCUCAAGCUCGAGUUCAAGCUCAACUGAUUCGGGAGUAGGAAGUCUUCUUUCGUCAGUGGGAAGUGAGUUGUCUGGAGUCGCAUCCAUCCUUGGAAGUUCCUCAACAUCAGACACAGCUUCGAGCAGCUCGGCGGACACUCCGGCAAGCACUGAUGUGAGUGUGACUACGUCGUCCGAUCCCGCCACGGGGCCAGUAUCUGCUCCAGCCCCAAGCUCGACAGACUCCUCAAUUACUCCAUCUGCAACGAGCUCCGACCCGGCAGCGUCCAUCACUCCGGCACCAACUUCGACGUCGAGUUCAUCGGACAGCUCAAGUUCAAGUUCGUCGGACGACGAUGGUAUCACGCUCGGCCUGAGCUCAAUUUUCAGCAGUGACACUUCGGUUCCGACUAGCACUGAAUCAUCCAGUGACUCCUCUGCACCGACUAGCACUGAUUCGUUUAGUGUCUCCUCUGCACCAACUAGCUUUGCUUCCGAUACUGAGUCCUCUACGCCUACACCCACAGACACGGCCUCUCUAGCGUCGAUUACAGCCUCCGCCAGCUCGGUGCUUUCAUCUGCAAGCGAUGCUGCGACAUCCAUCUUGUCCUUGGCCAGUUCACUCGAGUCUGUGGCCUCCACAGCCUCAGAUAUUGCGUCCGUCUCCUCGGCCCUGUCUUCCGCUGCAUCGGUCGCAUCUUCGAUUGCAUCAGACGUCAAUUCAGCAAACUCUGUCAUCACCUCGGCGGAGGGCUCAGCAAAUCCUACUACAUCUUCCGACUCUUCUGGUGUGACUUCUGCUGUGAGCAGUUUCGUCUCUAGUGUCAGUGCGAGCGCUACAGAUACAGAUACCACACCGUCCUCGACAGCCUCGUUCUCGGGUACUGGUCCAGUCUCUUCGACACCUACUAGCUCGGAUCCUGGAACCAUUACCUCAACCCCGACAGAUUCGGCCUCUGGUACUAUAACACCGACCACGACACCCACAAGCUCUGCAAGCAUUGGUACCGACUCAAACACCAAUUCUUCUACAGAUACCAAUACUGCGUCACAGUCUGCUUCGACAGACACUGCCUCAUCUACACCGACUUCAGCAUCGGGCACUGCUUCAGUCAGCGCUACCGACACGAACUCGGCGUCCUCGACAGACACGACUACCUCCGCAAGCACAAGCCUUCCGACAGUGACCGCAUCGCCUACAUCGGAAACCGCAAAUGCUACAAGCGCAGCUUCGGAAGCUACUCCAACAAGUACAGCCAGUGUGACCAGCCAGAUUAGUUCGUCUGAGGUCCCCUCGACGACUGCCUCGGCGACUCCCUUGGUGACGUCUUCCGAUGUGACCAAUGCCACUGCAACAGCAACGCCUACAGCUACGGACACCAAAAGCAGCACUUCCGCGCCUCUCACCAACACGGUGAAACCCACCGGGACCGAUUCUGCUACAGUGUUUACGCCACAGUCGAGCAUUGUCGUUGCGACCUCGACCGCGCCGACGACUUCGAAAUCGACCGCAACAUCAAGCGCAGCUUCAAUUCCAACCUCUCUGCCACGAGUUAUUCAACCUCAGGGCGGUGUCCCGAACGCGCCAGACAACUCCACUUUGAUCCAAAUCGGCUUCACCUACGGUCUCAAUUAUGCAUUCGUGGUCUCGUCGACAACUGCCGUCUCGCAAAUCUUCUCAUACCUGCCUGUCGGUAUCUCGCAUGGAUUAGGCGAUGAUUCGAGCCAAGUGGUGAUGCAGUACUUGCAGCCAUACAAUACUUUAGACACGCUCGGGUAUAUUACCACCCUUGCUAUGGCGUACAUCCCAUCAGAUCAGGUCGACACGUUGUCCUUGAACCUGCUGAACCCUAACUCGGCUCUUUACACCAACAGCAAUCCGUCAGUGGUAACCUUGAUGGGCAUGAUUGAUCCUUCAAUACCCGUCCUGCCUGGGUCUUCCAUGGCCGCUGGUGGUACACCGGUCAGUUCGUCAAACAGUGCAGCCACCACGUCUGAUGCCGGCACAACGGAUGACGGGUCGCCAGGAUCUUCGAGCACUAGUUCUAAUUCUGCGGUACGGCCUUCGUCUGUCGGAAUUGCAGUUGGAGCUGUUGCAGGCGCUGCCGUUUAUGGUGCAGCCAUGUUCCUUGUUGCCCGUCGGUACAAAAAGAGAAAAUCGGGCCACCAGAGGUCGAGCAGCGAAAACUCAAGUCGUGGCCCUCGACCUGGAGAACAAUCCAACCUCAUGGUCACUGGCGCCCGUGGCAGUUACGGGACCCGCUUCAAUGGGCGCAUAUCCCGUAACAGCGAUCGCAGCGGCAAUUCAGGUCGCACUGGACGGACGUAUAUCAGUCCGCCGGUGAUGGCCGAGAACAGCUUGGGAUGGAACUGAUCCUUCAGGCGACGCGAUACGCACAGAGAUCUUGUACAGGGAUGAUGUAACAUGGAAAACAUCCCGAUGCCCG